AAGCAAUUAUUAGGGGAGCCUUUAUUUGCUUUUCUGGUUUUUAAUUAAAUUGUUUUAUGUAAACACUAUUAAUUGAAAGACAAGAAAUUGAUGUUAAAAACUUAACUAUUUAGUUAGAAGAAGGACAAAAAGCUUUGCUGGCUUUUUCACUCUCGAUCGGCAAGCAGUUGAAUCAGCUGACAGUUUGUUUACUUCAUUUGUUUGUUUUCAAUUCUUCGGUCGGUGUGAUGGAGAAUAUAAAUGAAGAUAUUUGGAUAAACAUUCUUCGGUUCUUGCCUUUGAGUGAUCAGUUGUCACUGGCCCAAGUCACUGAAAGUAUCUACUGCUACGUUAAGUACCACUGGAAACAUCUUAAGUCAGUGACUGUGACCCGAGAUGACCUUGAAUUUCUGGAUAGGAAUGAGCAAAAGAUGCAGGAAUGCCUGGGCGGCUGGUCAAGAUCGGUUCAGUGGCUCAAACUGAGCGGGUGCAGCAGGGAUCUGCUCAGGAAGUGGACUACCUUCAGCUUUCCCCAUCUGCGAUCGCUGGACUGCCACAUGGACUACAACCCCGAAAAGGACGACGAGGAGACCCUGCUUCUCACCGAGCUGUUUCCGCUCCUGACCAGCCUCACAUUGAACAGCAGCACCACCGGCUGCCAUUUGAGCCGCUGGAAGCAGCUGAAGGAGCUGAAUCUCAUCUGGUGUGAGUACCUGGACACGGACACCUUCGCGGACAUCUUCGGCAGCCUGAAGCUCGCCAAGCUGACGCUUCUCUACUACGGCUACAAUGUGAACCUGGGCGAGAAGGUGGUGGACGUAACCCGAUGCUCCACGCUGGAGGAGCUGACCAUCGACGAUCACCACCUGCUAGGCGCCUUCCUGCCCCGACUAAUGGAUCUGCCGCACUUCCGCCGCCUGGCUUUUUACACACGCGACUACAGCGAGCAUUUGCUGGCUUUGGUGGCCAGGCACCAUCCACUCAGGGUGCGAUCGCUGCUCUUCAACGACUCCUUCUGGAGCAGCGAUCGGAUAGAAAGGGAUAUUCUGCUCAUGACCAAUCUCCGCCGACUGGUUCUGCAGGAUGACGACAUUGAUUCGCAGCAGCUGCACGCCAUCUGCAAAAUGCUGCCGCAUCUGGAGGAGCUGCACCUGUUGCAGAUGCGCGAGCUGCCACCGCCCCCACCUUUGUGGAACCUUUUGGGUUCUUGUUCCGAGCUCAGGAUCCUCAACCUGUCGUCCAGCAAGCUGGGCGGGCGGGCGCAGAAACUCGAUUUGUCGCAUUUCCCUAACGAUCUGCUCAAUCGCAGAACUCCGCUGACUUUGCAUCUCCACAACACUGGCUUCAUUCCUGAAAAAGUUGUUCCUGCCAUGAAUCAUGGCAAUUUAGAAGUCUCCUUCGAGCCCGUUCAUUUGAAUAUUUGGAGUUCACGAUUUGUGGAAAUAGAAUUCAAUCCGGAAUCGAAAUUGUAAGUCAGUCCUUAAAAAUUAUCAAA